GCCACUGCCGCUGGCGCCGCUCCUCCUCCGUGUCAGUUGUUGGGCUGUAAUGGCGACUGGGCCGCCCCUGCCGAAGUGACUCCCGGGCUGGGGAGCGGGGCCAGACCUGCGCCAGAGGGAACUGCAGAGAGCCGCAGCUCGGGGGGUGGCUUGCCGUAGGGGAGGGGAGGCAGCCUUUUCGCGUCGUCUUCUUUCCCAGCGGACCGGCGGAUCCCCGGAGCCGGUGCGAGGCGGGCACCCGGUGCGUCCCCGGAGCGGGGAGGCCAGGCCGGGCAGCCCUGGGGCCGGUCGGGGCGGCGUCACUGCACCCUCCGCCAGGCCCCGCGGGAUGCACCGUGGGAGCCGAGGGCGGAGGCGACACUCUCAGGUAAAUUGGCAGGAUGAGGAGCAGCAAAUCAAAAGAGGUGCCUUUACAAAAUCCAAGGAACUCUCAAAGCAAGGAUACUGUUCAAGAUAUUACCACAUCGUGGGAUGCACUUUCUCAAACCAAGGCUGCUCUGAGACACAUUGAAAAUAAAUUAGAAGUAGCCCCUACAAGUACAGCUGUGUGUGAUUCUGUCAUGGAUACCAAGAAGUCUUCUACAAGUACUACCCGAAAAAUAAGUAGAAAAGAUGGUAGAUACCUGGAUGAUUCUUGGGUUAAUGCUCCAAUCUCCAAAUCCUCUAAAUCACAAAAAGAGAAAUCUCGUAGUCCUCUCAGAGCUACCACCCUGGAGAGUAAUGUGAAGAAAAAUAAUCGUGUGGAAUUUCGUGAACCUUUGGUUUCUUAUAGGGAAAUCCAUGGUGCACCUUCCAAUUUGAGUUCCAGCCAUCUGGAGUCAAAGGAUGUAUAUUGUGUAGAUGUUAAUGAAGAAAAGAGUGAGAGUGAUAACUGGAUGAUAGGCAGUCAGGAAGAACGGAAUAUACGGAGCUGUGAUUUUGAGAGCUCCCAGUCAUCUGUCAUCAAUGAUACAGUUGUUAGGUUUUUAAAUGAUCGACCAGCAAUUGAUGCAUUGCAGAGUUCUGAAUGUUUGAUUAGGAUGGGAGCUUCUACGAGAACUGAGGAAGAAAUGCCUAACAGAACAAAAGGAAGUGAGAACAAUUUGAAGCUUUCUGUGAAUAACAUGGCCCAUGAUAUUGAUCCAAAAGUAUUACGACUAACUGACUCUUCUCCAUCCUCUACUAGUACUUCUAAUUCCCAAAGAUUAGAUAUUCUAAAGCGGCGACAACAUGAUGUCAAACUAGAAAAACUUAAGGAACGGAUUAGAAAACAGUGGGAACACUCAGAAGAAACAAAUGGCCAGGGUCAGAAGCUGGGUCAUAUUGACCAUCCAGUAAUGAUUGUUAAUGUUGAUAACUCAGUAACAGCAAAAGUCAGAAAAGUGGCAACAGCACCCCCUGCUCCAGCAUAUAAAGGUUUCAACCCUUCAGAGACCAAGAUUCGAACACCUGAUGGGAAAGUGUGGCAGGAGGCUGAGUUUCAAAACAUGAGUAGAGAACUGUAUCGAGAUUUAGCACUUCACUUUGCAGAUGAUAUUUCUAUAAAGGAGAAACCUGCUGAAAAAAGUAAAGAGAAGAAAGUAGUCAAGCCAGUACGAAAAGUCCAGAAAGUAGCACAGUUAUCAAGUACAGAAUGCAGAACAGGUAGUAGUCAUCUUAUAAGUACAUCUUCUUGGCGAGAUGGACAAAAAUUAGUAAAGAAGAUUCUGGGACCUGCACCCAGAAUGGAGCCAAAACAGCAAAGAACAGCAUCAAGUGACAGAGGUGGAAGAGAAAGAACUGUUAAAUCUGGGGGUCACAUUGGAAUAGCAGAAUCUGAUCCCAGGUUGGACAUUUUACAUAGACAUCUUCAACGAAACUCAGAACGUUCAAGAAGUAAAUCUCGGUCUGAAAAUAAUAUAAAGAAACUAGCUUCAUCUCUUCCAGAUAAUAAGCAGGAGGAAAAUACCGCCUUAAAUAAGGACUUUUUACCUGUUGAAAUUCGUGGCAUUCUUGAUGACCUACAGCUAGAUUCUACAGCUCACACUGCAAAGCAAGAUACUGGAGAGUUACAGAAUCAGAAGUCAUCAGCACCAGUGCACGCUCCUAGGAGUCACAGCCCAGUUAAAAGAAAACCUGACAAAAUAACAGCUAAUGAGGAUCCCCCUGUUAUUUCUAAAAGGCGCCACUAUGACACAGACGAGGUACGACAGUACAUUGUUAGGCAGCAAGAGGAAAGGAAGAGAAAGCAAAAUGAAGAGAAGAAGGCUCAAAAGGAGGCUACAGAACAGAAAAACAAACGAUUACAAGAGCUCUACCGGAAGCAGAAAGAAGCCUUUACUAAAGUGAAAAAUGUGCCUCCUUCUGAGCCAUCAGCAACUAGGCGACUACAGGAGACUUACUCCAAAUUGCUACUAGAAAAGACCUUGCUUGAAGAGCCAUCUCAUCAACAUGUUACACAGGAAACACAGGCCAAACCAGGGUAUCAGCCAUCUGGAGAAUCUGACAAAGAAAACAAAAUACAGGAACGUCCCCCAAGUGCAUCUUCCAGUAGUGACAUGUCUCUCUCGGAACCUCCACAGCCUCUUGCAAGGAAAGACUUGAUGGAAUCUACAUGGAUGCAGCCUGACAGAUUGAGCCCACAAGUUCACCAUUCUCAACCACAGCCUUUUGCUGCAACAGCUGGAAGUUUACUCUCCCAUCUCUUGAGUCUAGAGCAUGUAGGAAUUUUGCAUAAGGAUUUUGAAUCUAUUUUACCAACCAGAAAGAAUCAUAAUAUGGCUUCAAGGCCAUUAACUUUUACACCUCAACCAUAUGUGACCUCACCAACUACUUAUACAGAUGCCUUGUUAAAACCUAGUGCCAGUCAAUAUAAGAGUAAACUAGAUCGUAUUGAAGCCUUGAAAGCAACAGCUGCUUCUUUGUCCAGCAGAAUUGAAAGUGAAGCCAAGAAAUUAGCUGGGGCCAACAUUAACUAUGGGUCAGCAUGGAACACUGAGUAUGAUGUGCAGCAGGCACCUCAAGAAGAUGGACCUUGGACCAAGGCUGUAACUCCACCUGUGAAAGAUGAUACUGAAGAUGUUUUCUCUGCCAGAAUUCAGAAGAUGCUGGGAACCUGUGUGUCUCAUGCAACUUUUGAUGAUGAUCUUCCUGGUGUAGGCAAUCUCAGUGAAUUUAAAAAGCUUCCUGAGAUGAUAAGACCUCAGAGUGCCAUAUCAAGCUUUAGAGUGAGAUCCCCUGGUCCCAGACCAGAAGGGCUACUGGCACAGUUAUGUAAAAGGCAGACUGACUCUUCUAGCUCUGAUAUGCAAGCCUGUUCUCAAGACAAAGCCAAAAUAUCUCUUGGUUCUAGCAUAGAUUCAGUCAGUGAAGGGCCUCUUCUUAGUGAGGGGAGUCUCUCCGAAGAAGACGGAGACCAGCACGGACAGCCCCUUUUGAAAGUAGCAGAAAUUUUAAAAGAAAAGGAAUUUUGUGCUGGAGAAAGAAAUAGUCAUGAACCCAUCAAAGAGUUUCAGAAAGAGGCUGAAAAAUUCUUGCCACUUUUUGGGCACGUAGGUGGGACACAAAGCAAAGGGCCAUGGGAAGAACUGGCAAAGGGAAGCCCACAUAGCGUCAUUAAUAUUUUUACAAAAUCCUAUCAGUUAUAUGGAAAAGGGUUUGAAGAUAAGUUGGACAGAGGAACAUCAACAUCACGGCCUUUGAAUGCCACCACAACUCCUUUAAGCAGUGUUUCAUAUGAAGAUGAUUUUGUCUCCUCUCCAGGGAGUGGGACUUUGACAGAAAAAAAGUCAACUCUUGAACCUCAUAGCACUUUAGGCCCUCAGGAGGACCAUUCUAACAGAAAGUCUGCCUGUGAUCCUUCCUCUGUGGAUGUUACCUCCCAGCAUUCAUCAGGAGCCCAGUCUGCUGCAUCGUCUCGGUCAUCUACUUCUUCUAAAGGAAAGAAAGGAAAAAAGGAAAAGACAGAAUGGUUGGAUUCAUUCACUGGAAAUGUUCAGAACUCAUUUCUUGAUGAGGAAAAAGCAGAACAUGGCUCCCAUCAAGGAAAGAAAUCUGGGACCAGCAGCAAACUUUCUGUUAAAGAUUUUGAGCAUACUCUUGAUACAGAUAGCACUUUGGAAGAUCUUUCUGGACAUUCUGUGAGUGUCUCAUCAGAUAAGGGAAGAUCUCAGAAAACUCCAACUUCUCCCCUGUCACCAAGUUCCCAGAAAUCGUUGCAGUUUGACCUUCCAGGAACUUCUUCAGAAAGAUCUAAGUCAUCAGUAAUGCCUACAACUAUAAUAGGAUUUAAGCCUACUGCAGCUCUCACUGAUUUGAACCUGGCUGCCAGCAGAACAACGACAGAGAAUGUGGCUCCAAUACCAAGUUCUAAGCGCUUUUCUCCUGCUGGCCUCCAUCAUCGUAUGGCAGCAGAACUCAGUUAUCUGAAUGCCAUUGAGGAGUCGGUGCGCCAGCUGUCAGAUGUGGAAAGAGUUAGAGGCAUUUCACUUGCUCAGCAGGAGAGUGUGUCUCUAGCUCAGAUCAUAAAGGCACAACAGCAACGCCAUGAAAGAGACUUGGCCCUCUUGAAACUGAAGGCUGAACAAGAGGCUCUGGAGAGUCAGAGACAAUUAGAAGAAACCCGAAACAAAGCAGCUCAGGUCCAUGCAGAAUCAUUACAGCAGGUGGUUAAAUCACAACACGAAGUAACUGAAGUCCUACAGGAAGCAACAUGUAAAAUAGCAGCUCAGCAGUCAGAGACCGCUCGCCUCACCACAGAUGCAGCACGUCAAAUCUGUGAGAUGGCAGAGUUGACUAGAACUCAUAUCUCAGAUGCUGUCAUGGCUUCAGGAGCUCCCCUUGCAAUACUAUAUGACCACCAACGGCAGCACCUUCCAGACUUCGUGAAACAGCUGAGGACCAGAACUGAAACAGAUAGGAAAAGUUCAUCUGUUUCACUCUCUCGGAGGAAAGAAGGGACUCUUGACUCAAAGCAUCAAAAGUAUUCCCCUUCAUACGAUAGUUAUUCUGAGUCUUCAGGAUACAAGAAUCAUGAUAGAAGAAGCAGUAGUGGUAAUAGCCGCCAACAAAGUCCUUCAGUUCCAUCUUGUCAGGAAAAUGAGAAGAAACUUAAUGGUGAAAAGAUAGAGAGUUCCAUUGAUGAACAGGUUCAGACUGCUGCAGAUGAUUCUCUACGAAGUGAUAGCGUUCCAUCUCUUCCUGAUGAAAAAGACUCAACAUCUGUUGCAACAGAAUAUUCUCUGAAAUUUGAUGAAUCCAUGACAGAAGAUGAAAUAGAAGAACAAUCAUUUCGAUCAUUGCUACCUUCAGAGAGUCACCGCAGAUUUAAUAUGGAAAAGAGAAGAGGUCAUCAUGAUGACUCUGAUGAAGAAGCUUCUCCAGAAAAAACUACACUGUCUACUGCCAAGGAACUGAACAUGCCAUUCUCAGGAGGACAAGAUAGCUUUUCUAAAUUUACUAUGGAGAUGGUUCGACAGUAUAUGAAAGAAGAAGAAAUGAGGGCAGCUCACCAGUCUUCACUCCUGCGUCUCCGCGAAAAGGCCUUGAAGGAGAAGACUAAGGCUGAGUUGGCCUGGUUAGAGCAUCAAAAAAAACAUCUACGAGACAAAGGAGAGGAUGAUAAAAUGCCCCCACUCCGGAAGAAACAGCGUGGUUUGCUUUUAAGGUUGCAGCAAGAAAAGGCAGAAAUAAAACGUCUUCAAGAAGCCAAUAAGGCAGCUCGGAAGGAAAGACAGCUGAUCCUUAAACAGCAGGAGGAGAUAGAAAGGAUCCGCCAGACCACCAUAAAACUACAGGAGAAGUUGAAGUCUGCAGGGGAGAGUAAAUUGGACUCUCAUAGUGAUGAAGAUGCAAAGGAUAAUAAGGCAACCAGUCCUGGUCCAACUGACUUGGAGACCCGCAGUCCUUCUCCCAUUUCAAUCUCUAGCAGUGAAACUAGCAGCAUUAUGCAGAAACUGAAGAAAAUGAGAAGUCGCAUGGAUGAAAAGUUUCUGACAAAGCGGGAGCAAAAAUUAAUGCAACGGCGACAACAUGCAGAGGAGCUCCUAGAGUGGAAGCGACGUUUAGAUGCAGAAGAAGCAGAAAUUCGUCAAAUGGAAAAACAAGCUUUGGCUGCCUGGGACAAAGAAUUAAUAAAACCCAAAACUCCUAAGAAAGAACUGGAGGACCAGAGAACAGAACGGAAAGAAAUAGCAAGUGAAGAGGAAUCUCCAGUACCUCUGUACUCUCAUCUAAACAGUGAAAGCUCCAUUCCAGAAGAAUUAGGCAGCCCUGCUGUUGAGUAUGUACCAUCUGAGUCUAUUGGACAGGAACAGCCAGGAACUCCAGAUCACAGUAUACUUACUGAAGAAAUGGUUUGUUCACAGGAACUAGAAUCUUCUACCUCUCCUAGUAAACAUUCACUUCCCAAAAGCUGCACAUCUGUGUCAAAGCAGGAGUCUAGCAAAGGAAGUCAUAGGACUGGAGGACAAUGUCACCUGCCUAUCAAGUCCCAUCAGCACUGUUAUAGUUGGUCAGAUGAGUCAUUAUCUAUGACACAGUCAGAAACUACAUCUGACCAGAGUGACAUUGAAGGUAGGAUCAGAGCUCUGAAGGAUGAGUUGCAGAAACGAAAAUCAAUUGUGAACCAGUUGAAGAAGGAACAGAAAAAAAGGCAAAAGGAAAGACUGAAAGCCCAAGAAGCCAGUCUGAUCAAGCAGUUAGAGUCGUAUGAUGAAUUUAUUAAGAAAACUGAAGCCGAGCUUAGCCGAGAUUUGGAAACAUCACCAACAGCCAAGCCUCAGAUUAAAACACUCUCCUCAGCUUCUGAAAAACCCAAGAUCAAACCCCUCACACCACUACACAGAUCUGAAACGGCAAAGAAUUGGAAAUCACUGACAGACUCAGAACGUUCUAGAGGAUCCCUGGAGUCUAUUGCUGAACAUGUUGAUGCUUCACUGUCAGAUUCUGAGAGAUCCGUAUCAGAAAGGUCUUUAUCUGCAUAUGCAAAGAGAGUAAAUGAAUGGGACAGUCGAACAGAAGAUUUUCAGACCCCAUCUCCAGUUCUCAAAUCAUCAAGGAAAAUCAGGGAAGAAUCUGGAGAUUCUCUAGAAAAUGUACCUGCAUUACAUCUUCUCAAAGAAUUAAAUGCCGCUAGUAGAAUUCUUGAUGUGUCAGAUGGCAAGGUUGAAGAAUCUAGUAAAAAAUCAGAAAUACAAGAAAUAGAAUACACAAAAUUGAAGAAGAGUAAGACUGAAGAUGCCUUUUCUAAAGAAGGUAAAUCUGAUGUCUUACUGAAAUUAGUCCUAGAACAGGAAGACUCAUCUGAAAUUCUUUCAAAGAAAGAUCUUCCUUUGGAUUCUGAAAAUGUUCAGAAAGACGUAGUUGAAUUAGCUAUGGAAAAUCUCCAUAAAAGUGAGGAAAUGUUGAAAGAGAGACAGUCAGAUCAAGAUGUGAAUCAUAGUCCAAACAUCCAAUCAGGAAAAGACAUUCAUGAACAAAAGAACACAAAGGAAAAAGAUUUGUCUUGGUCAGAACAUCUUUUUGCUCCUAAAGAGAUACCAUACUCUGAAGAUUUUGAAGUGUCUUCUUUCAAGAAAGAAAUUUCAGCUGAAUUAUACAAAGAUGAUUUUGAGGUGUCAUCUUUGCUGUCACUCAGGAAAGACUCUCAGUCUUGCAGAGAUAAGCCACAGCCAAUGAGGAGCUCCACAAGUGGAGCCACUAGCUUUGGUGGUAAUGAGGAAAUCAGUGAGUGCCUAAGUGAGAAAAGCCUUUCUAUCCAUAGCAGUGUUCACUCUGACAGGCUGUUGGAACUCAAGUCCCCUACUGAGCUGAUGAAAAAUAAGGAGCGCAGCGAUGUGGAGCAUGAACAGCAAGUUACUGAAUCCCCUUCCUUGGCUUCAGUUCCUACUGCAGAUGAGUUAUUUGAUUUCCACAUUGGUGAUAGGGUGUUGAUUGGAAAUGUUCAGCCAGGAAUUCUUCGAUUCAAAGGUGAGACUAGUUUUGCUAAAGGAUUUUGGGCGGGAGUGGAGUUAGAUAAACCUGAAGGAAAUAACAAUGGAACAUAUGAUGGCAUUGCAUAUUUUGAGUGCAAAGAAAAGCAUGGUAUUUUUGCUCCUCCUCAAAAAAUAUCUCACAUUCCAGAAAAUUUUGAUGACUAUGUAGACAUUAAUGAAGAUGAAGACUCUUACUCAGAUGAACAGUAUCAGUACUAUAAUCAAGAGCAAAAUGAUACAGAAGGUCCAAAAGACAGAGAAAAGGAUGCCAGUGAAUAUUUUUAUGAGAAAUCCCUACCUAGUGUGAAUGAUAUAGAAGCCUCAGUUAAUAGAAAUAGAAGCCUUAAAAUAGAAACAGACAAUGUACAGGACAUUUCUGGGGUACUUGAAGCCCAUGUUCACCAGCAGUCUUCAGUGGAUUCACAGAUUUCUUCAAAGGAAAACAAAGACCUCAUUUCUGAUGCCACAGAAAAGGUUUCCAUUGCUGCAGAAGAUGAUACUUUAGACAAUACCUUUUCUGAAGAAUUGCAGAAGCAACAGCAGUUUACAGAACAGGAAGACAACCUAUAUGCUAAAACUUCAGAAAAGCUUUCUACACCACUUCUGGAUCUUUUAACAAGAGAAAAAAACCAGCUGGAAGCCCAACUGAAGUCAUCACUGAAUGAGGAAAAAAAGUCAGAAGAACAACUGGAAACAAUCAGCUUACUGACAGAUAGUUUACUAAAAGUCUUUGUAAAGGACACAGUCAAUCAACUACAACAAAUCAAAAAAACCCGAGAUGAGAAAAUCCAGCUUAGCAAUCAGGAGCUUCUUGGUGAUGACCAAAAGAAAGUAACACCCCAAGACCUAUCCCAAAAUGUUGAGGAACAGUCACCAAGUGUUUCAAGUUGCUUCUUAAGGUCUGAAUUGGAAGAUGAGAAAGAAGAGAUUUCCUCUCCAGAUAUGUGUCCCAGACCGGAGAGCCCAGUAUUUGGUGCCAGUGGGCAGGAAGAACUUGCUAAGAGACUUGCUGAACUUGAGCUCAGCCGGGAGUUCCUGAGCACAUUAGGAGAUGAUCAAGACUGGUUUGAUGAAGACUUUGGUUUGAGCUCUUCUCACAAGAUCCAAAAAAAUAAGGCAGAAGCAACCAUUGUACCUCUAAUGGCAGAAUCUAAAAGAGUAACCCAACAACCAUGUGAAACAUUAUUGGCAGUCCCCCAUACUGCAGAGGAAGUAGAGAUUCUUGUACAUAAUGCAGCAGAAGAACUUUGGAAAUGGAAAGAAUUAGGCCAUGAUCUUCACAGCAUCAGUAUUCCUACAAAACUGCUUGGCUGUGCCAGUAAAGGUCUAGAUAUAGAAAGCACUAGCAAAAGGGUCUACAAACAGGCAGUUUUUGAUUUAACAAAAGAGAUUUUUGAGGAAAUAUUUGCUGAGGAUCCCAACUUAAAUCAGCCUGUUUGGAUGAAGCCAUGUAGAAUCAACUCUAGUUAUUUCCGACGAGUGAAAAAUCCAAAUAACCUUGAUGAAAUCAAGAGCUUCAUAGCAAGUGAAGUACUCAAGUUGUUCAGUCUUAAAAAGGAGCCAAACCACAAAACAGAUUGGCAGAAAAUGAUGAAAUUUGGAAGAAAGAAAAGAGACCGAGUGGAUCAUAUCCUGGUUCAGGAGCUCCAUGAGGAGGAGGCACAGUGGGUGAACUAUGAUGAGGAUGAAUUGUGUGUGAAGAUGCAGCUCGCCGACGGGAUCUUUGAGACCCUGAUCAAAGAUACUAUUGAUGUUCUGAAUCAGAUCAGUGAAAAGCAGGGGGAAAAUGCUACUUGUGUGACAUCUUGCAAAUAAAUCGAACACUGAUGCUAAUGUGAGUCCUGGGCCUUUCUGCCUCCUGAUGUACACCCCAUCGCCAUCAUAGCAAGAGUGCUUCCGGACCUUGUACUUACUCUUAAAGACUACCAGUAUGGAAUUCAUAGGACAAUGUGGUAUAUCUGGUAUUACAGCCUUUGUCUUUCGAGACUAUCCACUGGAUUAAUUGGUUAUUUUCGGUGGGCAGAGUUGCACAGUGUAAUUGUAUACCUCUCCCUAGCAACCCCACUGGGUCUCAGAGAGGGCCAAAAACAGCAGACUUACCUCUGAGUUUAGACUAGAGUAUCACUUAUUUGAGUCUGAAGUCAAGUGAGAGAGGUAUAGAUCAAUGCAUCACAUCACUUUUGAAAUGUAAUUCUGGUCUAUACCAUGGAAGUCAUAAAUGGACAUUAUAGUCUAUAAACAGUAUUAAAACCUUAAUCGCUUCUAAAAUAGGCAAGCUUAAUAAUGUCUGCCAACUUCACAUUCUGGAGUUUAUUUCAUUUCUUUUUGAAGACCAUUUUCUUCCAUUAUUGUAGUUGAGCAGCACCAAGUGGACUGUCAGGCUAACAGGAAUAAGUGGUAGCCUUGCUUUCUGAGCACCAUCUAAAGAAUUUUAAACCUCUGCAUUAUGUUUAGUGUUCUCUAUGUGGGCGUAACAACAAAGAAAUGCCCCUACUGAAGACUGGGAUCAAAGGACCAAUGCAGGGCUGGUUCUUCUACCCCUUGGUUUACUCCUGCACUUUUCUUACUCGUUCUGAAUCUCUACCAGCUGCUCCCAGAAUCACAGAUACUCAGGACCAUCUCAGGCAUCCAGGCAUGGCAAAGUGGAAAUAAUUCAUUUUGGCCUUCAAACCUUCAACUCCCAUCUUUCCCCAAGAAGUUAGAGAUGCUGUUACUUGAAUGAUUUAGGAAAUGAGUGUGUGCACCAAAGACAAAAAGAUAUUGUCUGUUGUUUGUGUGCUUGUUUUGCGCUAUGGAACAUUUUUUAAUUUAUUUUAAGAUAAAUUAUUAAGUUGAAAAUGUAUGUCCCUAUUCAGAAGUGAAAGAUUCUUCUUGUAAUAGUUAAACCUCCAUCUUGAAGCUUCUGUGGUUCAGUCUUUGCACAGGAACCUAUGGUUUUAACAAACCAGUACACAUAUUGAAGAAGUCAUUUUAAUUUAGUGAAACGAAGAUGGGCUUUUCCAAGAUCACCUGCAGUAGCAGGAUGGGAUAAAAUGAUUUAAAGACACUGUACAAUUUAACUCUGCCUCUCUUGCAGCAUUGCUUCUCACAACUAUUACCUGCAUCUGAAAAAAAUAUAUAGACUCCAGCUGCUACAUUAGAGCAUAAGAGAUGCUCUCCUGGGACCUCAGUACCCUGCCUUCUUGACUGGUUUCUGUUCAUCAGUCCUGUCCCUCUUCAAGUAAUCUAGAAGAAUGUGGAAACUCUUAGGCGCGAAUGUAAAUGCCUUAAUAUUGAAGGUCCUGGUUAGAAGCAUGAUCCAAGACAUCCACUGGAUUCAUAUUUACAAAUAUCCUGGAAUGUUAUAGCUUCAAAAUGUGUUAGAAAAACCCCAAAGAUGGUAUAAUCUUUAGGUGUGCACGUUCGUUCAUUUCUGCAUCUUCCCUCCAAACUUGCCUUUACAUCUUAAAUAUUUCACUAUGCACACUCCCAUUCCUCUUGGGUUUCAUCUUGUCGUUAUUAGAAACGUACUGAAAUAAUCAUUGGAAUAUUUGCAUUUUGCACAGUGACUGGUAUGAUAGCUCUUGACAAAUAAGGAAAGCACUGAAAUGUUGUGAUUGGGUCUCGGGAAAUGCUCAGAUUGAUGUCUUACCAGCAUUUCUUCUGGGCUUGUGAUGUUGAGCUGUAGUCUUGUAGCCAUAAUGAGCAUAUUGACUAAGAAAAGCAAAGGUUUCUUGGGGUUAUUGACCAGUAGUGUGGAAAUACUAUUUUUAUGUGGUCAAGGAAAAGCAAAGGCUUUUCUUUUCAGUUUGUGUUAUUUGGAAGACAGAAAAGCAUCUUGUCUGCAUCCUUUGGCUGUUUGUAGGAUCACAUUGUCCUUAUGAUACUGAAACUUUACAGCUGCUGUAAAUUUUUUAUAAAUGAAUUUCAAAAUGUUAUAAUGGGACUGUAGGUUGUUUUUCUACAUCUUCAUUAUUUGGACCUAAAACCAAUUUUUAAUAAGAAAGUUUAUUCUUUAUGACAUUAUGACUCCAGAAAGAGAAAAAAUAAUAAUAAUACAAGUCAUGGAAUCAGCAAUCUGGUAAGAAGUGCUGCCAAGAAUGUGGCAGUAGCUGUCCUGACAGACUCCAACUGUCUUUACUAUCUGAAGAAUCCUAGGCUCCACAUGAGAGGCAGAAAUGGAUCAGUCUUAUUCUUUGCUAGAAAUGAUUAUCUGUAGUUUGGUAGCAAAAUUAAAAAACAAAAAUACAUAAUUAGCAGAUUUCUUAUUAACUAUUUGGAUCUAAUUGAAAUGGCUUUAUUCUUAGGAUUAAGAAAGAUAGAUGUGGAUACCCAGCCACUCGUUCCAUGUUGGUAUCUUUUAAAUCAGCUCUGCCUCUUAAUCAAGAACCUAAAUAUUCCCUCUUUCUAAUCUUUGUUCCUUCUCCCUACAUCCUCGUCCUCUUUCACUCUUCCUUCAUAAUUCCUCUAAAAAAAAAAAUCUUUGCAUCAGCAGUAAUAUCUUUUAGAAUAGCACUAUCAGAAUUUAGUAGUAAACCAACAUAUAGGCUUCAGAUUUACUUCUGAGUCCAAAACAAUUUGUGCUAUCCAGAGUAGUUAACUCUGGGUUAAACAAGUACAGGGUAUAGAUUCCCUCUUCAGGUCUACACAGGAAUUUUUACCGUAGGGAAAAGUGGGGAGAGCUCAAACGUAAUUAAUAAGGAAGGUAAUUUGUUUUUCUUUUACCUAAAAGAAAAUAAAAUUCCUUCUGUGACUACAGGUCUCUGAGAAAUUAUCUUUCAAAAGAGAUUUCAUUGCUCAUAAGAGUGUUGUGGCCUAUUGAUAAAAACAAUUUUGUUCACUUUCUUGUCUUGAAAAAAAGUGGCCUUAGCUUUUUGCAAUACUUGAAUAAAGUGUGUACUCGCAAAAGAAUUUCUGUAGCACAGCAUUAGAGACUCAUAACUUUUCUGCAAGAAAUACAAACUUACAUCUUCCUUUUACUACCUUAAGAAUACUAGUGAGUAAAACAUUAAUUCAAAGAGCAAAUUAUAGAAACUACAAUGACGUUUAAUGCAAAUUGUAGGAAUUUACAUGUUUACAAAUCAUCUUCAACUGGUUGUGCAGCAAUUCAGUAAAAUAUCUUUGUAUUAUAAAAAUGUGAAGAAAAAAUGUAAACUGAUGUAAAGGAGGUACUGUCAUUUUAAUUAAUCUAUGUUUAAUAGCUUUUCCUUCUGAACUUUGCAAAGCCUUCUUGGUAAACACAUUGCAAAGCAUUCUGUGGGAGGUUCAGCCUCCUUGUGUGUACUGUACUGUGCAGACAUGAAAAAAUAAACCCGUUUACUGUGUGCGUGUAAAUAGCCUGGUCAUCAGGCCAUUUUCAGCCAAUAGUCACAUCCAGUGCAAUUUUGCACCGAACACUUAAGGGUGUGGUUUGUAAGUAUGAUCUGUAAAAUAACUGGGAUGAAUUCCCAUGUAUACCUGUGUAAAUAGAUUUGUUAACUGAAAUAUACUUUAAGAAAAGAUAAAAUCUGUAAAUAAACUGAUUUAUAAAUUAA